AUGAAAAUUAAGAACGCGUUGAAAGGCGGGGAGAAAAAGACUAAAAUUCCGGCGAUCGCGAAUGGGUCCAUUGAGAAGGCGAAAUCUGUAACUCCGACCAAGUCUCCUGGUAAUGUUGUGUCCGCGAAGAAGAAGAAAAAGUUGAUCGCUGCGAUGAAUAAAUCAGCAUCACCUUCGAAAAAAUCACUCAAGAAACAUGCCUUGGCGGCUAAGGAAAAUGCUGUGAAGGAAGAGGCGUCGUCUCUCACUGUGCAGCAAAAAAAGUCCCUUGAACUUCGCAGCUUGCCUCAAAUGCCGGGGAAAAGAAAGAACAAGAAGAAAAGUUUGGAGGGGAAGGUGAAGAAUCUCAACUUGAAGAACCUGACCUUGGAUAAAGUUCUUGAGAAACGGAGGAAAAAACGAAUGAAGAAGAAAGCCGCCAAAAAGGAGAAGUCUGCAGAAGCGGAGCAAGUUGAACCGAAACCAGAGGUCGACGGUGCUGUUGUGAAAGCAGAAAAGGCAAAACGCGUCGAAGAGAAGAUUUUGCGUCGCCAUGAAGCGUUUCAAAAGCAUGCGAUUCAGUCAAUUCUGAAAUCCAACAGUGCGCCGUCUGCGGAGCGAUUGCGGAAAAAUAUUGUAAAAGCCGUCGCUGGAGUUUUGGCAUCUGCGAAAGUGGCAGAUGGUGGAAAUUUGGACCUUUUCAGUGACGUUGACGACAUGAAAGUUUUCCUGCGGAUGGGUUUUUUCAAAAAUCCAGGCAUCAAGCGAACCAUCACGUUUUUAUUACCUCAUCCACAUCAUCUAAGAAAUAAAGCCGUUCGACCUGCCGAAGUGUGCCUUUUUGUGAAAGAUCUCCCUGAUCACCGCAACGAUCCAGAAAAAACGGCGGAACAUUACAAGGACAUUUUUAGUGAACUGGGCAUUGACGACAUCACACAGAUAAUGACUACUGGAGAAGUGAAGCGAGAAAUGAAUCACUUCAAAGUCAAAGCAAAUUUGGCACGUAAAUACGAUGCGUAUUUGGCUGAUAACGAUGUGAAGCCUUUCAUCACUAAUGUGCUGGGAAAAAAUCUUCGUUCGAGCGGAAGGAUGGUGAUGCCGGUAAACAUGAAGGCAAAAAAUUUGAAAGAGGAAUUAUCCAAGGCUUUGUCGAGGUGCUGCAUUCCUUUGAAAGCAUUUUCGGAUCAAUCUUCAGCAUACGUGGGCAGAGGAUUUCAAACUGAAGAUCACAUCGUCGAGAACGUGUUGAAGGCUGUAGACGUUUUGAAGCAAUCGCUUCCUGGCGGCUGGGCCAACGUUCGGCAGUUGAAUUUGCAGUCUGAUCUCAUGACACUUGCUGUUCCUAUUUAUCAAGCACUGAGUUCAGGAAAUGAAGUAGAAAUUGACCAAGAGGAAUAUAAGGAGGACACAAAAACCCCAAUCGUCGAUCGUUUGUCGACAAAACCCGGUGUCACAAUUUCCGUCGCUGCUUCUGGCAUUGUCGAAGUGCGUGGUAUAAAGGAGGAGCAACAAAAGGAAAUCAAGCUAUCGUCACCGAAAACUUCUAUUCCUACACUUGCAAACGAUGCACGAGCCAAAGUCGCCGAUUCUCCAUCACCAGAGCCGAAUGAAGACGAUAUUGAGUUGGACGAAGAAGAGCUACGUCUUCCUGGCAAACUAGUGAAACUCGAACACGCCUACCUGAAACAAAAAUUGGCUUCAUCGUGUGAAAAUGUCGAUAGAGAGAAUGACGACGACAAUGAUGACCCUGCCAAUACGAGCAGCAGUCUUGACGGCAUUCGUAAACGACAAAAGCGGAAGCGAAAGGUCAAUUUAGGUGAAGCGCCUGCCGAUGGGAUCGAGGAAAGUGAAACUUCGGAAUCUCCUCGACCCCCGAAAAGUCCGACUCCGGAUUAUUCGAUCUCAAACGUUGGGACGCCACAAGUUGUCACACCAUCGAGAAAGAACAAAAAGCAGCUUGUGAAAUCCGAAUUUUCUGGGAAAGUAUCUCCCAAGUUGACCCCAGCGUCUUCCAACAACACUCCGAAAUUAAUUCACGAAGGUCCGGGGCAAGAUUUAGGGAAUUCUGGGAAAAAGAAGAAGAAGAAUUCUCCGCUGAAGACGCCGCUUAUCACUUGCAGUACUUCGAAUGCUUCUGGGAAGAAGUCCAAUGAAAAGCUUGUAGCUGAAAAGGAUUCUGCAAUCAAAGACAAACCAGUCAAGCCUCAAAAGACCCGACCGAGAAGCAUUUUGAAACCGAAAUCUCCGGUACCAGCUCGACCGACACCGACGAAAGGACUUGGUGAAGCUGCGAAAGGCCGACGGGUUCGGUUUUCUCUUCCAAACGACGCUCAGAAGAAGAAAAACAGGAGAAAGACCAUGUUUUGAACUGUGUGAAGAAAGAAUUGUGGCCACACUUCGUUUCACCGAGCAUUCGUGUUGCCGACGGACGUUCAAAACAUAAUCUUGGCUCCACGUCCUCGUGACUUUCAUUGAUCCGUUUCGUUAUGUGGAGCCUGGAUGUGAUUCGUUAUGAUGCCGUGAGUAGCGAGUAAAGGAGUCGACGAAGUGAAA